GGGUUCCACAUCCCACCACCUAUCCUCAUUUCUUCAUCAACGUAGCUUAUAACCCUUUAUAUAAUCCCACCACACCCACUCACCACUCUCACACCAGAGUUCAAAGUACCCACUCAACUAAAAACAAAGCCAGAGAGCAAGAGCUAGAGCUCUAGAGCUAGAUAAAAAAAAUGGAGGGUAAAGAAGAGGAUGUUAGAUUGGGAGCCAACAAGUUCCCAGAGAGGCAGCCUAUAGGGACAGCGGCUCAGAGCCAAGAUGAUGAGGCUAAGGACUACAAGGAGCCACCACCAGCACCGUUGUUUGAGCCUGGUGAGCUUACUUCUUGGUCUUUUUACAGGGCUGGGAUCGCUGAGUUCGUGGCCACCUUUUUGUUUCUCUACAUCACCAUUUUGACUGUCAUGGGCGUUGUUAAAUCUCCAACAAAGUGUUCAACUGUGGGAAUUCAAGGGAUCGCUUGGGCCUUUGGUGGCAUGAUCUUUGCUCUUGUCUACUGUACCGCUGGCAUCUCAGGGGGUCACAUAAACCCAGCCGUGACGUUUGGGCUAUUUCUGGCGAGGAAACUAUCAUUGACAAGAGCAGUGUACUACAUAGUGAUGCAGUGCCUGGGUGCAAUUUGUGGUGCUGGGGUUGUGAAAGGGUUCGAGAAGAGCCAGUACGAAAUUCAAAAAGGUGGAGCCAACUUCGUUGCCCCUGGCUACACCAAAGGUGAUGGCCUUGGUGCUGAAAUUGUUGGUACCUUUGUCCUUGUUUACACUGUCUUCUCAGCCACCGAUGCCAAGCGUAGCGCUAGGGACUCCCAUGUUCCUAUUUUGGCACCUCUACCUAUUGGGUUCGCUGUAUUUUUGGUCCAUUUGGCUACCAUACCUAUUACUGGAACCGGUAUUAACCCAGCUCGGAGUCUAGGUGCCGCAAUCAUCUACAACAGGGACCACGCCUGGGAUGACCAAUGGAUUUUCUGGGUGGGACCAUUCAUUGGGGCAGCACUUGCAGCUCUAUACCACCAGGUUGUGAUCAGAGCCCUUCCUUUCAAAUCAAAGUGAUAACUGAUUGAUCACAGAACACAUGAUGCUUCUAUUUGUGGCCGUUGAUGUUUCAAGAUAACGAUCAAGCGGAGUUGGUUCAAUUUCUCUGUUUUUUUUUGUUUUUUGUUUUUUGUUUUUUGUUUUAAUGGGUAUGUGUACGUAAGAUGUGUAAUACUACUAGCAUGCGUCUUUUUCAAAGAGCCUUCUUUCCUUGUCUAUUUUGUGCAAAGGGAGGUUUCUGAUGGGCCCCAUCUCUGUUGGUGGGCUUGUAUGUUUGGUUGUGAAUUUGUGUAUUGUCAAUUCAGAAAUAACACCGACCAAACCUACUUCUUUGAUGAACAAA